AUGGCCAGGGCCGGUGCCCUCCUGCUCCUGUCGCUCCUGCUCGCCGCCCUGUCGGCCUCUUGGGCUCUCGGGGCCCCGGCAAAGGAGAAGAGAGGCUGGACCCUGAACAGCGCCGGCUACCUGCUGGGCCCGCAUGCCAUUGACAACCAUAGAUCAUUCAGCGACAAGCAUGGCCUCGCUGGCAAGCGGGAGCUCCAGCAGGAUGGUGACGUGCAGACAGGAAGCUUUGACAGGUCAUUGCCUGAGAACAACGUCGUGCGUACCAUACUUGAGUUUCUGACUUUCUUACAUCUCAAAGAGGCCGGGCUCCUCGGCAGCCUCCCGGGCGUCCCCUCAGCAGGCUCCUCUGAGGACGUGGAACAGUCCUGAGCCGACAG